AUGUCUACGGCGUAUACCAAAGAAAAAAAGGUAGGAGAAGGUACAUAUGCCGUUGUUUACUUGGGGAAACAGAUUGCUACCGGUCGAAAUAUAGCCAUCAAAGAAAUCAAAACUGGUGCUUUCAAAGAUGGGCUUGAUAUGUCUGCUAUCAGAGAGAUGAAGUAUCUGCAGGAGUUGAAGCACCAAAACAUCAUUGAACUGGUGGACGUUUUUGCAGACAGGGAGAAAAACCUCAAUCUGAUUCUGGAGUUUCUCCCCUCGGAUCUCGAGAUGAUCAUCAACGAUAAAAAGCUGAUGAUUGUGCCUGCUGACAUAAAAUCCUGGAUGCUGAUGACCUUGCGAGGGUUGCACCAUUGCCACAGAAACGGAAUACUCCAUCGCGAUUUGAAGCCAAACAACUUACUAAUCUCGCCCGAAGGAUACGUGAAAAUAGCCGAUUUUGGUCUUGCGAGGUCUCUUGGAAUGCCCAAUGAGAAACUCACCUCUAACGUGGUCACCAGAUGGUACAGAGGGCCAGAGCUUCUCUUUGGAGCUCAACAUUACUCCCCAGCAGUGGACAUCUGGGCUGUUGGGAUCAUCUUUGCCGAAUUGAUGCUGAGAACACCGUAUUUACCUGGGAAGGAUGACGCAGACCAGCUAGUUGUCACUUUCCAGGCCCUAGGAACUCCAACCGAAGAAAAAUGGCCGGGUGUGUCUCACCUUCCGAACUAUAACAAUCUCACAGUCUAUCCAGAGCCUUCACGGCAGGAACUGAGAAACAGAUUCCCGGCCGCUACAGAGUCCGCGCUAGACCUGAUGUGCGGUAUGCUAGCACUAAACCCAAACAACAGACUCGAUGCAGAGGCUUGUCUUUUACAUGGCUAUUUCACAGAGUUGCCUGAGCCGACUGAGCCAGAAAAUCUACCGAAAAAAUCCUAACUCUAUCCAAUCAUGUUGAACACAUGUUUUCCAAUUGCCAUACUGGCAGUAAGUCCUGGACUCUCUAUUCCGACGAGAUUAACAAAACCAGGGAAUGUCUCCUCAAUCACAAAGUCGUGGAGACUCUUGGUUCCUGGAGGAAUCAGUUUUGGACGGAUGCCGCUGUAACUAGCACUUAAAUUUUCACGCUUCACCCCGGGGAAAUAUUUGGACACUUCCUCGUAGACUGAGUCGAGAUUUGCCUCGUUCGGCUUGAAAUCGUCUGGCUCGUCGACCCAUUCCAAGUCUGGGCCAAAUUUGAGCUGUCCUGCCAGAUCUAAAGUCAAAUGAGUGCCCAAGGUAGCAAUAUUUGGGGUUGGACAGGGAUACACAAGUCUGUGAAUUCCAGGGUUAUGAGAGUAUGCAAAAUAGUUUCCCUUUGCAUAGUACGGAGUAUACUGUUUCUUCUUAGGAAGCAAAAGGUUGGCGAUUCUCGGAGAAUACAGUCCUGCACUAUUAAUCACCACAUCCGCUCUGAUUGGAAAUUCCUCGUCCCCAGAAAUCGUGGUCAGCUUGUACUCGCCAUCUUUGACUAUGCCAGUCACCUCAGUUGACGUCAUCAGCAUGCCCCCGAGGUUUUCCAGCUCCGCAAGAAGAUAGUUCAUCAACGAAUGUGCAGAAACAAUUCCAGUCGUCGGAGAGUACAGAACACCAGCCUUCGCACGAAUCAAUGGUUCUUGUUGUCUGGCUUUUUCCGGCGACACCAACUCUGUUGGAACGCCGAUUUUCUUGGACUUCUUGUGCAACUGAUGAAGAUACUCUAAUUGAGCCUCGUCUUGAGCCACAACCCACUUGCCACACUUCAAAGACUCAACUCCGAAUCUCGCAGCGUCAUAUAUCAUCUCUUUGCCCUCUAUACAUAAUUUUGUCUUCAGAGACUCCUCAGGAUAGUACAGACCCGCAUGGAUCACCUCCGAGUUCCGGGAAGAAGUCUCUUGUCCGUGGUGUGCAUGCUUUUCCACCACUAGCACAUUAUUUGACUCUCUUUUGGCCAAUUCGGCACCCACUGCCAAACCAACGACGCCGGCACCGAUAACCACAUGGGUGAAAUCGGACAUGAUCGUGGCCGACCGAUGAAAGCGCCUAAUUCCUCUUAUAGAUUUUAUCAAUCUAGU